AUGUCCAGAGCAAGACGAGGAACAGGCGCAGUCAGAGGGCCAGCAUCAGCGCUCACAUCCUUCCUAGCUGGUCUCGGCGUUCAGCCUAGCGCGCCCCUCACUACCUGGGGCAACUCAACAGCCAUCAAUGGGCAGCUCGCCGCGGAUGGUCCAGUCAUCGACCCCACCGCUGAGCUUGACCCAGCGGGCGCAGUCACUGCUCGCAAUGUGGAAGCAGGUCCGAGCACGGUCGCAGAUGGGAAACGAGCCCGCUCGGCGUCAAUGAACUCGGACGACCUGGACGCACCGGUUCAGCACGAUAGCCUCCAAGCGGUCGGCGAGUUCAUGACGUGUGCCGAAUGUGACAAGCAAUUCACAGUCACCGCGUACACCAAGCCACGACCAAAAGGCGGGCAUCUCUGCGUUCCCUGCUGCUAUGCUCUCGGGAUCGACCCUUUUGCCAAAGCCAAAGUAAAAAAGGUGGCCAAGAAGGCCCCUCAAAAGGAAGCUCGCACUGUCAAGCGCUUCGAGGACCGCCGCGGUGCUCCCGGACUCGGCGACAUCUGCAUCCAGAUCAUCGGCAAGUACAUUGAAGACGUCGAGCAGCUCGGCGACAUUGGCCAUGUCAACAUGGACAAGGUCUGCAGGAUCAUCUCUCGCGGCCGUCUCCUAACACCCGAAACGGCGCAGCUCUUUUACGCCUCCGACAGAGAGGAGCUCGUGAUGUAUGACUGUACUCGCCUCGUCCACGAGUCGUACCUCGCUAUGGCCAACCUCUGCCCCAAUCUCUACACCUUACGCCUCCACUACUGUGGACAACUCACCACCGACGCGCUCGUCCAUAUCUCCCGUCUGCCCCUCCGCAUAAUCGAGCUGUACGGUCCGUUUUUGGUCCGAGAAGCUGGUUGGAAAGCCCUCUUCGAAAACUGCAACCUCGAGUCGUUCCUCAUCACACAAUCCCCCCGGUUCGAUCUCGCUCUGCUCGAGAACCUCCUCGCGCAGUGUCCGCAACUAAAGCAUCUGCGCUUGGAUGAAAUAGGAAAGCUCGACAACGCAUUCCUACCCCUCAUCGCGCAAUUCCCCCUCAUAUCCCUAGACAUCUCCUCUCCCACCCAUCACUUGUCCGACGAAGCUUUCGUCCUCCCUUCCACGGUGCAAUCCCUCACCUUACUGGAUCAUCCAGAACUCACCGACGAGAUUCUCCCCACCAUUGCCAAGCUCCCCCUUCACACCCUAAAACUCUCGCUCAUGCCUGAGCUUACCGACGCUGGUGUAGCAACCCUCUUCCAAACCCUCACCAACCUCUCCCACGUCGAUCUCGAAAAAGGACAUGACCUCGCGGACGCCGCUCUCAUCUCCCUCAUCGAAUCCUCCGCUGCCACCCUGACCACCCUCAGCAUCCUUGGCUGGCGCGAGGUAUCCUCCGACGCUCUCGCUCACCUCACCCGCUGCGUCAAGCUCACCCAACUCAACCUUGGCUGGUGUCGCCAGGUCACCGACUUCCUCCUCAAGGAUCUGCUGGACGCGUGUCCUGACCUAAACACAAUCUAUGUCUGGGGCUGUAACCAGUUGACAGAUGCGGCACCGAGGCGGCGAGGGGUCAAGAUUGUAGGCAUUGAGACUCAUUCUUUAUAA